AUGAUUAGAAUUAAUUUUCAGGACGGUAAGCCGGCGAAGGGUGUUACUGCGCUGGUAAGAGUAGAUGGGCUUGAUGCAUUGUAUGAGCAGAGCCUCAGGACCGAUAACGACGGCAUUAUUAAACUACAGUUGCGGCCUAGAUCUGACACGACUUAUCUGCAAGUGACUGUCACGGUGGAUGAUAACGAACUUCUCAGCGAGUCCAUCGAACCGGUUGAGCGAACAACUAAUUCGUACAUAAAAAUUGAACUUAAGUCACCGAUUAAGAUAAAUCAAAUGUUACAAUUUAUGGUCAUGUGUUCCGAAACGAUGACGUUCUUCAUUUACUACGUGGUUUCGAAGGGGGAAAUUAUAGAUUCGGGCUCGUUCAGACCGACCCGCAGUACCGCGUUCCAGUUUAAGCUGAAUGCUACCGCCCAAUUAGUACCGCGCUCCAAAAUCAUCGUCGCCGUGAUCAAGAAACCGAUACAGUUCACUACGCUGCAACCGUUUUACAUCGUCGAUAACCUACCGUACUCCAUCAAGCGCAAUGAGGUCGUUGUGUUGCAGUUUACCCUGUUCAACACACUCGGUGCAGAAUAUACUGCCGACGUGACGAUGUACAACAUUGCGAACCAAACCGAGUUCUUUGGAAAGGAAAUUGGUGAGCUUAGUCAUACGAAAAGGUUGUCUGUUCCACCGAACGUCGGUGUGCCUGUUUCGUUCCUGGUGAAGGCAAAAAAACUGGGGGAUAUGACGGUCCGCGUGAAAGCCUCCAUCAUGCUCGGCGAGGAACACGAUGCCAUCGAGAGAGUUAUCCGGGUCCUGCCAGAAAGCUUGGUACAGCCAAGGAUGCAAACACGCUUCUUUUGCCUCAACGAAUACCAGAAUCAAUCUUUCGAAUUACCUUUGAACAUUGACAAGAGGGCCGACGUUGGCUCGGUGAGCAUUAGGUUUGAGGUUGUCUCCAACAUACUGACAUCGGUGGUGAGAAACCUGGGCGAUCUGCUUAGCGUUCCUACAGGUUGCGGAGAGCAAAAUAUGGUGCGUUUCGUGCCGAAUAUAGAGGUGUUGGACUAUCUGACGGCGACCGGUUCGAAGGAGGCGGCACUCAUCGCAAAGGCGACCGGAUUUCUUGAACAAGGCUACCAGAACCAGAUGAAAUAUCGUCAGCCAGAUGGAUCGUUUGGCGUUUGGGAGGGAAAAGGCGGAUCGAGUUUUCUUACGGCCUUUGUCGUAAAGUCGAUGAUAACGGCAGCGAAGUACAUUACUGUGGAUAAAACGAUGAUCUCGCAAGCCUUCGCCUGGCUGGCAACCACACAAAACCCCGAUGGGCGCUUCGAAGAGAUGGUUCCGGUUACCCAAAAGGACAUGCAAGGGGCGCUACGUCAAGGAAUCUCGCUUACUUCGUAUGUAAUGAUUGCCUUCAUGGAAAAUCCAGUUGAAGCCGCGGAACAUCCAUCUGUUAUUUCAAAUGGAAUGAAAUAUCUUAGCAGCAACUAUGACAACAUCAACGACUCGUACGAUCUUGCUAUCGCUACGUAUGCAUUCUGGCUGAAUAAUCAUUACCGUAAAACCGAAGCUAUUGCGAAACUGAUCAAAGUCUCCGCCAGUCUUGAGAAAGGAAAGAAGUGCUACUGGCCACGAGCAUCGAAUCAAAUCGAAACCACGGCCUACGCGUUACUGUCGUAUGUGAUGGCCAAAAUGUACAUCGACGGUACGGCGAUUAUGCGUUGGCUCGUAGACCAACGAUAUAGCACCGGAAGUUUCCCGCGUACCCAGGACACGUUCGUUGGCCUGAAAGCGCUUUCGAAACUGGCGGAGAAGAUCUCGCCUUCGCGAAACGAUUACUCCAUUCAGCUAAAGUUCGCUAAUGAGAAAAAAGAGUUCCGAUUCACUUCCACCGAUCUAGAUCAGUUCAGCUACGAGGAGAUUCCGGAGGGCGUGAAAAAGCUGACCGUGGACGUCGGCGGGAUCGGUGUUGGCUUUCUACAGGUGAACUACCAAUAUAGCCUCAAUUUGGUGAACUUUACCGAACGGUUCAACCUAGACCUGGUGAAAAAGAACUCCACCUCGGACUACGAGCUGCAGCUUUACGUGUGCAGCAGUUACAUUCCGAAUCUUACGGACGAACGGUCCAACAUGGCGCUAGUGGAAGUGAACUUCCCCAGCGGUUACGUCGUGGACAGCAACCCGAUCAGUGAGGCGACCGAUGCCAACCCAAUACAGAAAAUCGAGAUUCUACACGGUGGAACGUCCGUCGUACUGUAUUACAACAACAUGGGCGCCGAGAAAAACUGUUUCGUGAUCAUUGCCUAUCGACGGUUUAAGGUGGCGCUCCGAAGGCCGGCGUACGUGAAGGUGCACGACUACUACGUCCCCAACUUAAACGCCAUCAAGGUGUACGAGGUGGACAAACAGGAAGUGUGUGACAUCUGCAAAGGGGAAGACUGCCCGGAAUCCUGCAAAAACGUGCCGAAGUGA